AUGGGUGGCGGUGUCUCUUCCCUCUCCAAAGUCUGUGUCGUAGGUUUUUCAGCAAGGGAUGAUGCAGAUGUCGACUACACGUUUGCAGCGAUAGGUGUCAAAAAGCCAGAAGUGGACUUCUCAAGUAACUGUGGAAAUAUGAUCUCUGCGAUCGGACCUUUCGCUGUGAACGCGGGUUUAGUAAAGAAAGAAGAUGGUCCCUGCACGGUACGCAUACACAACACCAACACUGGCAAAAUCAUUCACUCCAAAUUCCCUGUCGAAGAAAAUGAAGCAAAAGUUGGAGGCUCGUUCGCAAUCGAUGGCGUCGUCGGAACAGGCGCAAAGAUCGAGCUUGCAUUCAUCGACCCUGCUGGCUCUAAGACGGGAAAGACUCUUCCUACGGGGAACGUUGUCGACACGUUUGACGAUAUACGCGUGACAUGUAUCGAUGUCGGCAAUCCUUGCGUUUUUGUCCGUGCUUCUAGCCUUGGUGUUGAAGGCGGCAUCCUUGCGGACGCGAUCGAUGCACAUCCAGACCUCCUGCCCCGAUUGGACUCAAUACGUAGACAAGCCGCUGUCGCGAUGGGUAUUUCUCAGACACUGGAAUCUGUUCCGGGGUCGAUCCCCAAGGUAGCAAUGGUGGCUGCGCCAUAUACGCAUGAGCUGAUCUCUGGCGAGACAGUCGAAGAAACGAGUUGUGAUUUGCUGGUAAGAGCGAUCAGUGUUGGGCAACCACAUCGUGCGGUACCAAUAACCGUGGCAAUGGCACUUGCUGUUGCGUCGCGACUGGAGGGAGCUGUUGUCAGGGAAGUAACGAGCUCGAGCCCCGUCGAUGCGGACGGAGUAACAAUCGGUCACAAUAGCGGAAAGCUUCUAGUCGGUGCGAACUUCGACAAUUCAGGCGCAGUGAAGGAUGUCACCGUUUUCCGCACUGCGAGGAGAAUCAUGGAAGGCACUGUGUACGCGGACUGA